CCAGGCAAGGCCAGCCGCUGGUUCGGGGUGUCCCAGUCCAAGGCAGCCAAGACGAGUGUGAACAUCCUGCAGCAGGAGGAGCUCAUUGCCCAGAAAAAGCGGGAGAUCGAGGCCCGGCUGGAGCAGCAGGCGAGGCAGAAUUCCCUGAGCAUCCCCCAGCUCCCCCUGCUCGGAGACGAGGAUGGAUCCGAAGGCGACGCCUCCGUGUCCAACAAGUUCGUGAACGACGGGAGUUUCCUGCAGCAGUUCCUCAAGCUCCAGAAGGAAAAGUCGAGUGCUGAGCCCCCCCCGAGCUCCAGCAGCAGCAAUCCCGGCCACGCUCCGGCCCCGAGCUCUGGGAAGCGGCUCCCCGGGAAGCGGCAGCUCCUGAGCCGGAUGCUGCACCAGGCCCGGAGCCUCCCCCAGCCCCGGCCCGGCCCCGGCCUGGCCCUGGACAGCGUCUUCCAGGGCCCCGACGAGGACGACGACGAGGACUACGAGCAGUGGCUGGAGAUCAAAGUUCUGCCCCCAGAGGACGUGGAGACCCGGGAGGUGGUGGAAAAGCUGGCCAGGUUCGUGGCUGAAGGGGGCCCCGAGUUAGAGAAGGUCGCUAUGGAGGACUACAAGGAUAAUCCGGCUUUUUCGUUUUUGCACGAUAAGAACAGCAGAGAAUUCCUUUACUACAGGAAGAAAGUGGCCGAGAUAAGAAAAGAGACUCAAAGCUCUCAGGCAUCCUCUUCCCAGAAAGGUAAUUCCCACUGGGAGCUGGGGGAGAUGAACUUCAUGGGCUCAGCUGGGUUGGUUUUGCUGCCUUGUGACUGUGUCAGGUCCGUCCUGGGAGCACUUGGGGUGGAUAUUUGGAUGUUAAUGUUUUUGUACGAGCCAAACAGCAAAGGCUACAAGUAUUACAGGCAGAAGCUGGAGGAGUUCCGGAAGGCCAAGGCCAGCCCUGGCUGUGCCCCUUUCCCUGGAGAGCCCAGCCUGAAAAGGAAAACCAGCCCCGAGGCCUCGCCCUCCCCUCUGUGCUUCCCCUCCCUGCCCCUGCCCUCCUCCUCCUCCACAACCCCCCCUGAGCAGACAACCCCGAACCCGACCCCAAACCCGGCCCCAAACCCGACCACCCCCACGGCCACUCCGGGCACCACCAAGAAGAAGCGGAAGAGCCGGUGGGGGCCGGAGGAGGACAAGGUGGAGCUGCCCCUGCCACAGCUGGUGCAGCAGCUGGACUCUCCCUCCCCUCUCUCAGUUCAGGACCUGAAGGGCCUUGGCUACGAGAAGGGGAAGCCCGUGGGGCUGGUGGGGGUCACUGAGCUCUCCGAGGCCCAGAAGAAGCAGCUGAAGGAGCAGCAGGAGAUGCAGCAGAUGUACGACAUGAUCAUGAAGCACAAACGGGCCAUGCAGGAGAUGCAGCUGAUGUGGGAAAAGGCCAUCCAGCAGCACCAGCACGGCUACGACAGCGACGAGGAGGUGGACAGCGAGCUGGGCACCUGGGAGCACCAGCUGAGGCGCAUGGAGAUGGACAAGACACGAGAGUGGGCCGAGCAGCUGACCCAGAUGGGCAGAGGGAAACAUUUCAUCGGGGAUUUCCUCCCGCCCGAUGAGCUGGAGAAGUUCAUGGAGACCUUCAAGGCGCUGAAGGAGGGCCGGGAGCCGGAUUACUCGGAGUACAAGGAGUUCAAGCUGACCGUGGAGAACAUUGGCUACCAGAUGCUCAUGAAGAUGGGCUGGAAGGAAGGAGAGGGGCUGGGAUCAGAGGGGCAGGGCAUCAAGAACCCAGUCAGCAAGGGAACCACGGCCGUGGAUGGGGCUGGAUUCGGGAUCGACCGCCCUGCUGAGCUCACCAAGGAGGACGACGAGUACGAGGCCUUCCGCAAGAGGAUGAUGUUGGCCUAUCGCUUCCGACCCAACCCCCUGAACAACCCACGGCGACCUUAUUACUGAGGAGGCUCCAGGGACGGGCUCUGGGAGAACAGUUUUGCUCCCUGACUGUGAAAUGUUAUGGAACCGCUUCAUCCAUCCCUUCUUUCCCGGUAUUGUCCCAACUCCCCGAGGCCACAGCACCCCCCUCAUCCCAGGGGAAAGGCCUGGGAGCCCUCCCAGGUGCCCGCACAGGGGACAAGGACGGGGGUUUUCGGGGAGGGAACGUGGCAGGGCAGCACCAAAGAUCCCACAGGAGGAGUUCAGGGGACUCCCCGUCCGUGCUCCCGCCUUCCCAAGGAGCGUGGGGGUGGUUUUUUUGGGAUAACAGCUGGUCUUUCAUUGUCCAGACUCGAAGCUUGUGCUGCUCUGGGGUUGUUUUUUGUUCUCCCCCUGGAUUUUAUGUUUAAAUUUCCCACCCAAGGGAUUGUGUCCCCCCACCCAGAGCAGGGUCAGGACGUUGUUCUGACGGUGCCAGAGGUCUGACCUCCAGCUGACAUUGCACCCCAGUGCCUCUGUUUUCCCUCUGCAUGGGGUGGAUCAUGGAUUCCAGGAUUUUAAAGGGGGUGCAGAGUGAGUUUACUCCACCCCAGGAGUCCCAACCCCCUCGUUUUCUGAGCACUACCAGAGACUUUGCCAACAACACACCUCCCAUGCUCUGGAGGGGGAGGAAGAGGAACCAAACCCUCAACCACAGUUUGUCAAAGGCCAUUAAUUUGGGUUUUGUUGUCAUUUAAAAGAAAAAACACAAAAAAACCAAAACGAACCUCUGAAAUAACGAAUUUUCUUCGUCGAGUCUGUAAAUAAAAUAAAACUUGUUUGUUCCUUAUUUUUAAUGGGAGGAUUUUCGGGAAGAGAGGGGCUCCUGUGGGUUUUCUCAGGUCGGGAGGUUGCUCUGGAGUUCUUUCUUCCAAGGAUUUUGGGGAAAACCACGUUGGAGUGGGUUGAUUUGGUUCCUUCUCUGAACACUUUGGGGGGUGAUUGUGUUUGACUUCCCUCCAGUCGAG